GCACUGGGCGUGGCGGCCAUUUUGUUUUGGAGAGCGAGCGGGAGUUGGCGGCGGCAGCUGUGGUGGCACAGACUGAAGGCAGGGAAGGGCAGGCCGGGCGAUCAGGCGGGUCGGCUAACGACACAGCCAGCCAACAGCCACGGACUAGCCUCGCAGUCUACCACUUACGCAUCUGACCCAACCGCCCAGCUAGUUAACCGGAGCCCCUCCACCGUCAAUUACUGAGGUUCGGCCGGUCCCCGGCCCGCCCUGCCGCAGCCGUGCUGGCAGCCCCGGGAGGAGCACUGGCGUCCGUUUCCUUCGCAUUUGAGUAUAUGAAAGAGAGAUCUUCCAUCUGCUGGUUUACUCUCCAGAUGGCCACACCAGCCAGGUCUGGGCCAGGCUGAAGCCAUUAACCAGGAUCUCCAUCCGGUUCUCCACCAUGGGCGGCAGGGACUCAGAUACUUCAGCCAUCAUUUGCUGCCUCCCAGGCCUGCAGGGAGCUAUUCUGGAGAUUCUCGGGAUCUGAAGAUGGCUGCUCAGUCAGCGCCGAAAGUUGUGCUAAAAAGCACCACCAAGAUGUCUCUGAAUGAGCGCUUUACUAAUAUGCUGAAGAACAAACAGCCGAUGCCAGUGAAUAUUCGGGCUUCGAUGCAGCAACAACAGCAGCUAGCCAGUGCCAGAAACAGAAGACUGGCCCAGCAGAUGGAGAAUAGACCCUCUGUCCAGGCAGCAUUAAAACUUAAGCAGACUGUAUGUGCAAGUCCGGACAGUGGCUGUGGAAGGAUAUGUCCAAGCUGUGGCUGGGCGUCUGGAGGGCGGUGCCAUGCAACUAAGAGCUUAAAGCAGCGCCUGGGUAAGAGUAACAUCCAGGCACGGUUAGGCCGACCCAUAGGGGCCCUGGCCAGGGGAGCAAUCGGAGGACGAGGCCUGCCCAUAAUUCAGAGAGGCUUGCCCAGAGGAGGACUACGUGGGGGACGUGCCACCAGAACCCUACUUAGGGGCGGGAUGUCGCUCCGAGGUCAAAACCUGCUCCGAGGUGGACGAGCCGUAGCUCCCCGAAUGGGCUUAAGAAGAGGUGGUGUUCGAGGUCGUGGAGGUCCUGGGAGAGGGGGCCUAGGGCGUGGAGCUAUGGGUCGUGGCGGAAUCGGUGGUAGAGGUCGGGGCAUGAUAGGUCGGGGAAGAGGGGGCUUUGGAGGCCGAGGCCGAGGCCGUGGACGAGGGAGAGGCGCCCUUACUCGCCCUGUAUUGACGAAGGAGCAGCUGGACAACCAGCUGGAUGCAUACAUGUCGAAAACUAAAGGACACCUGGAUGCUGAGUUGGAUGCGUACAUGGCGCAGACAGAUCCUGAAACCAAUGAUUGAAGCCUGCCCACCGUCGUGUGAGAGACUCUUACUAAAAUCACCACAUCUGUAAAUAACCUUGAGAUAACAGUUGAAAAGAAACCUGAUUGAUGCUGGAAGGACCUAUCAUAAUAGGCUAUGGACUUAACCUACCACCAGUUGUGCAUUUAGUGUGUUUCCUUUGACUUUUUGAUACUGUGUUGUAUGAAACCCUUUUUCUCUUGAUUUGAUUGGGCUUUGCUUUUUUUCUUUGUUGUUCUUUCCUUCGCAGACUUCUCUUUGAACAUGAAUGUGUUGGCCUUAUGGCUAGGAUACCCUCUUCCUACCUCUGCCUCCCUUCACCUGCCAUAUACUUAAUCUUCAUAUCCUCAGUUCAUCUGUGUUCCCUCACAAAAAAGUCCUAGAAAGAGCCAUUGUUCCUCCCUAGUGCCUAGGUUUCUGAGAUUAAGUUCUGUAUAAUAGCCUCUUAGAAGUGUUCAGAACAUCUGGAGCUCAGAAAUGUGUUGAUGAUACAGUGUAGUAAAAUGGGAACACUGACAUUGCCAAGGGCCAAAAAACAGUUUAUAUAUGGUAGCAGCUCAAGUUUGAUUGAAGUUGCUACCAUGUGCAGUAACACCACGUAUGGUAACUAGGCAUGCUGGGUUGGGUAAGAUCCUUUCUACCCACAAAGGAGAUUUAUACUUUCCUCUUGGCUUUGUAUUUCCAAAGGGAUUGAGCUGGUUAACUCCUUCGUAUAGAAGAAGAAAGCCAUUUGGUUUGGCCAGUGCGUCAGAAGGGACAGGGAUGGAAGAGCAGUGGCAGACUAACUGCUGGGAGGAUCAGAAAAUAAUACCUGUGCUGAAAAGCAAUUAGUCUCGUGUUUAUUCCAAACCAGUCUUGGGUUUCUCCACUCACUGAUUCUGUCUGAACUCCUCUCAUUUCCCUUGAACAUUUAAGUAAUUUCAACCAUAGUCUGUCAACUGUUCCAGGUUCUGUGAUAUCUUGUGUAUUUCUGAUUCAUUAUAACAAACUGUUCUCUCAAAUCCA